GUCUGAGGGCGGGGGGCUAACGGGAUACACCGAGCCCGGGCUGAGGGACCGCCGGGACCGGCAGCGGGUGGGGGGCCGGGCCGACGGCUGCGCGCCCAAAUUCAAACGGGGCGGGGGCGUUUUCCUGUGUUUUUCUUUUCCAGUGGUUCACUGUAGAUGUUCCAGAUGUUUUUCUUUUCCUUCAAAGCGAAGGAUAAUAAAACGGCCUCGAGUCCUGACGUUCUUGAACCUCCCCGAGGAUGUUCUGUUUCACAUCCUGAAGGGCCUCCCUGCUGCAGACAUCCUCUCAGUCAGAGCUGUGCACUCACAUCUUAAAUACCUUGUGGAUAAUCAUUCCAGUGUUUGGGCACAUGCAAGUUUCCAAGACCUGUGGCCAUCUCCAAACCAUCUGAGAAUGUUUGAAAGGGCUGCUGAAAGUGGUAACUUUGAAGCUGCUGUGAAGCUGAGCUUGGCGUACCUGUACAAUGAAGGCCUGUCCAUCACGGGUCACGGGCGUGCAGAAGUGAAUGGAAUAAAGGCAUCUCACUACUUCAGCUUGGCAGAGCACCUCAAUGUGUGUGCAGUCCCCUUUAUCUGGCUGUUCAUCCGUCCUCCCUGGUCCUUCUCUGGAAGCUGCUGUAAAGCUGUGGUCUAUGAGAGCCUCAAGGCAGAAUGUCAGCUUGACAAGGCUCAGAAAGGAUCUAUUCUCCACAGCUUGGCUAAGGUUUUGAAUUUCUUUGAGGAUGAAGGAAAAAAGAAAGAAUCCCUUGAAAUGCUUGAAGAAUCAUCAAAACAGGGUUGUUUAAUCAGCUCCUACCUCCUUUGGGAAAACAACAGAAAAGCUGCUAUGUCAGAUCCUGGCAGAUACCUCCAAAGUCUCAGGAAGCUACGAGAUUAUGCAGCCAAGGGCUGCUGGGAAGCACAGAUAGCUUUAGCCAAAGCUUGUGGGAAUGGAAACCAACUAGGAUUAGAAGCAAAAUCUUCCAGGGAAAUGGUUUCUCAAAUCUUUCAAGCUUCCCUUCCUAUCAGCAAGCAAAGCAUCUUCACUGUGCAGAAAGGAAUGAAUGAAAUAAUGAGGUAUAUCCUGGUGGAUUGGCUGGUGGAAGUGGCUACCAUGAAGGACUUCUCUAGCCUGUGCCUUCACAUGACAGUGGGAUGUGUGGACCGUUACUUGAAGCUGAGACCCGUACCUCGUGCUCAGCUCCAGCUUUUGGGAAUAGCCUGCAUGGUCAUUUGCACACGUUUCAUCAGCAAAGAGAUGCUGACAAUACGAGAAGCUGUGUGGCUGACAGACAACUCCUACAAAUAUGAAGAGUUGGUCAGAAUGAUGGGCGAGAUCAUUUCUGCCUUAGAAGGAAGGAUAAGGAUACCCACCAUUUUAGACUACAAAGAAGUUCUGUCAAGCAUUGUCUCACUGGAGAGAAGAACUCUUCACCUUUACAGCUUCAUCUGUGAGCUGUCCCUCCUGAACACGAGCCUCAGUGUGUAUUCCCCAGCCCGGCUGGCUGCUGCUGCACUGCUGCUGGCCAAGAUGCUGCAUGGGCAAGCACACCCCUGGACCAGCCAGCUGUCUGAAUGCACUGGUUUCUCUCAAGAAGACCUCUUGCCCUGCGUGCUGAGCCUCCACCAAAAGUGCUUCCAUGAUGAUGUUCCAAAGGAUUAUAGGCAGGUGUCCCUAAUGGCAGUGAAACAGCGAUUUGAAGAUGAACGCUAUGAAGAAAUAGGCAAAGAACAGGUUAUGAGUUACAGCCAGCUCUGCUCAGUGUUGGGUGUGAAACAGGAGGACCCAGAGCCUAGUCCCUUGCACAGGAACGUAGUGGAAAUUCAGACUUUCCUCAGCUCUCCCUCUGGAAAGAGAGCUAAAAGGAGAAGAGAAGACAGCAUUCAGGAUGACAGAGGCAGCUUUGUGACUACACCCACAGCAGAGCUGUCCUCCCAGGAAGAAAGUCUGCUGGACAACUUCCUUGACUGGAGUUUAGAUUCCUGCUCUGGUUAUGAAGGUGAUCAGGAAAGUGAAGGCGAGCGAGAGGGAGAUGGCACAAGAUGCCUGAACUUUCAGUUGAAGACCAGUUGGAAAAACUCUUCCCCUUCCCCCCUGUGGGAAUUGUUAAACUUUCUCAGAGUGACCAGCCCCAGUGGGAUCCUGGAUGUGACAGUGCUGUACCUGGACCCUGCAGAGCACUGUGGCCAGGACUCCAGUGAUGAGGACAGCCUGCCUGGGGAGUGGGAUGGCUCUGGGGCACCCCACAGGAAGGGAGAGCUGCCAGGGGCAUAUCUCACCCCAAGGAAUCCCAACCCAGAGGGGAGCUCAGGCUACUCUUCGGUCAACACUGCCAGUCCUACAUCUUCUGUUGAAGGCAGCCCUGGAGCUCCUCCCAAACCUACCUCAGCACUGCCCCACGGCAAUUCCAUGAACAGGGAGCCAUGCCAGCCCCAUUACCUGCACAGGAGGAAUUGGAAUACCAAGGUACAAGACUUCAAAAAGAUGUCCCUGAAGUUAACACUGGAACUGGACUCCAGGACUAUUUAAAAGUUACUGUGGCAUUGGCAACAGUUCAGAUACACACAGUGUAGUGAGUGUUUAUUAACUGGUUUUUUUAUAAAAUUGUUUUGUUAGUAGAGAUGGGUCCCGGUCUUCCUUCCCUUCAUUCCCUGGUCUGAGGCUUGAAGAACUGCUGGGAUGAGAUUGGGGUUUAGCUUUGAGCUGAGUUCUGAUGGUUAAGUUGCAGUGGCACUGCCUGAAGGCUAUUUACACAAAU